CCUGUCGCCUGAUUUUUGGGACAGCUCCACACACCAUCCUAACACCAACUGGGGAAACUUAACCGACAUUCUUAACCAAAUACAACAGCACAGCAUUUUUUUUUUUAUGUUGACAUGGAGGACCAACUAAAACAUCAUUCUGUUUGCCAUACCUGCUUGAGAACGGACAGUUUCGUUAAAAAGGUCUUAAAGAUGUACUGGUCCAUACGGAUGCCCAUAUGCAUACUGUUUUUAACCCUGUCUGCCUUCGAAGUGGCUUCAGCUGAAACGUUAUGCGGUGGAGAACUGGUGGACGCGCUACAGUUUGUGUGUGAAGACAGAGGUUUCUAUUUCAGUCGACCAACUAGCAGGUCGAACAGUCGACGUUCUCAAAAUCGUGGGAUUGUGGAAGAGUGUUGUUUUAACAGCUGUAACCUAGCUCUUCUAGAACAAUACUGCGCUAAACCUGCCAAGUCAGAGAGGGACGUUUCAGCCACAUCCCUACAGGUCAUCCCGCUGAUGCCCGCAUUAAAACAGGAACUCCCAAGAAAACACGUGACCGUGAAAUAUUCCAAAUAUGACAUGUGGCAACGAAAGGCCGCCCAGAGGCUACGAAGGGGCGUCCCCGCCAUCCUGAGGGCCAAGAAGUUCAGGCGGCAGGCGGAGAGAAUCAGGGCCCAAGAGCAACUGCACCACCACAGGCCUCUCAUCACGCUUCCCAGCAAGCUGCCGCCCAUCCUUCUUCCCACAGAAGACUACGUCAGCCACAAGUGAAACCAGGAUCAUUUGCACAGAGUCGAUGAAAAAAAGACUAGGGGAUCAAAGCUUUUUGUCUCUGACGUCAUUUCUGUGGCAGUCCUCAACAACCCUUCUUCCUUCCCCACCAGACGUGCUCACACGCUCUUCCAGUUUCUAUUCUUGCUGUUUCGUUCACCAACAAAAAGGCACAUCACAAACGAGAGGAACGCGAUUCAGGUGAAGAAGCAAAGGAAAGAACGAAGGAGCCGCGGGACGCUGAACGUUUCGCCGGUUCGGAGGACAUCGGAGCGCGAGGAACAGCUAGAGCUAGCAUGAAAGAACCCAUUCCACUGCAUUCUCCCGAUACAAAAGUAUCUCUCUUUUAGUACAUAUUAGUUUGCACCUGUAACUAUAAAGGGACAUCCACACUGUAAGGAAUUGUUGUAAAAUUAGAUUCCUGUUCCAGCACCUUGUAAUCACAAAUGAAAAGCAGAGAAAAGUCUGCGAAUUGCACAUCGCCACGGAUUACGUCAAAGUUCUUGUUAAGUAAAUAAAAAAAGGCACUAUUUUUUUAUGGACUAUGAACGUGUAGCUCAAAAAAUGUCAUGGUGCUAGCUUUGGGAACGGACUCAAAGGAGAAGGGGUUGAAAAGCACGUUUUUUUUUUCCUUUGAAACUUUAUUAAGCUUUCCGUUUUAAGGAAAGUGUGACUUUUGAAAGAGAAAACAAGAGCACGAGGGAUAUCGCUGCAUGUAGACGUACGCGUCGGGUCCCGGCGCUGCCGUCUCGAAAAAGGAAGAAGCAGUGCGGGGACGCCGAAGGGAUCACGUUCGGACGCCCGGACGUGGAGAACUCGCCUCCUUUCGAGCGUGGCUGCACAAAACCCCUGCUUUGCACUGCAGGAUGAGGGACAUUGUGACCUUGAAAAAAGUGGGAUGUUUGUAUUUUCUAUGUUCUAUUUCGUGAAAUUGCUUCGAGGAAAAAAGGAAAAAAAAAAAAAAGCCCAGUUUGGUUUCUGGUACCGUGACAUUCUUGUUAGGCUUUGUGUUUUUGUAACGUUAUUUUACAGUUCUGAAAAAAAAGGCACAAAUAUCAAUUCAAAGGGAAAAAACGCAAUAAUGUCAACUAACAUAUAUUUUUAACGUUUAUCCGUAGUAUUCACAUGCUUUUGCCUGAAAACAAAUACUUGAAUAUAUAUAUAAAUAUAUAUGGAAUAAAUAUGAAAAUAUAUAUUGUAAUUAGUUUCCAGGGACAUCAUGUAAUAUUCUUUUAGUCUGAGCUGUAUCUUGCGUAAUGAGCCGCCAAGCUUCUUUUUGUUUGUUUGUUUAAGUACAAAUAUGGGCACUGUAUAAAGGCAUUAUUUAUUUUGUUAUAAAAUUAUAUAUUAAAAUCGGUCCAAAUACAGUAAUAUACAUAGCACUGAUGCUCAACUGAUGGAUUUUAUUUUAUAUGCUCUCUUAUUUUCCCAUUUUACAUGUAAAUGCUUUUUGUAGAUGCUUUGUACCAAAAAAUAUUUCGUUUUUUCCUCUCGGUUCGCCACAGAGCUAUUUUAAAAUCAAUAUUUUAACAGCAGCUGUAGCCUGGAUCGCUUAGGCAUGUUGUAAUACAAAAAUAGGCACAUACUCAGAAGACUCUUUCUCUCCCUCCCGCAUGGCUUUUUAAUCUGCCAAAUGGAUUUCUGUUUAUAAAAAAACAAAAACAACUACAAAAAAAAAAAACUUGUGUUUAACUUUCCUCACAAGGAUCUGGAUAACCCCCUACAGUUUAAGCCACUUUAGUGCCGUUUUUAUUGUCCUUUUUUGGCUUCUCUAAGGCAACUGCAAAAGAAAGCCAUGUUUUCGAGAAGAGCCUGCAGGAAGAUGGAGGUGUUGUCCCUGGUUCAGUGUUUGAGUAACUAAACGAAACCAAUACGAUGUCACCAAAAGCGGACUGUUUAUACAUCCCCUCAGUCUCGCCAUCUUACUAUAACAUACCCUAAAUCCUCUUAUUUCCUUUCGGUUGGGGUGUUUUUUCAAGUCCUCCAUGUAUCUUCAUCUCAGUUGUUGAAGGGCUACCGUACUUAGUUACCCUAAUACUCAGGAAAUAUCAGCGGAUUUAUGUGAAAAACCCAAUACAAGGCCAUUUGUUCGCAGUUUCUCAGCCAAGCACAAGAAGUCAGUAUGGUUUCUUGAAUGUGCCCCGUCUUUAAGCUCAUGAAAUGAUACUAUAGUAUCGCUUAGUACCUUGAAACCUAAGGUCUAAGUGCCUGCAGUGUAUCCCUCUGCCUUGAUAAUCCAAUAUUUAUCUGAUUCAUAUCAGUUGUGACGAAGCAGUGCAAUUAUUAUAAUUACUAUCAUUAUUUUUUAUUAUUCAAACAUCCCGUAUUUCCGAAGACAUUGCCAUUUUUCUGUUGUUAUUCCUGCAAGGACUGCAUCCACUGUUGUUCUUUCCAAACCGGUUACUUAACUUUCCAUGCGAAAAAGGCUUGUGAAGAAAACACGGCCUUUUGAGCUAAAAAUGAAGGGAUCUUUUGUCUUUCAUUGGCAACAAUUUAAUAUCAGUAGCCCACGCAGCCUGUGUGUAUUUUAAUUGAUUUAACCUCUGCACGCUAGAACGUCCGAAAUGCACAAUUCAUGUACUUUCAUUUUUAAUAUCAAUAAAAACCAUUUUAUCAAACAUGUUUCA